AUGCUGGCCAGUUAUAAACACAGGAUGCAGAAGGACAGUCACAAAGACAGAGAAAGAGACCACCACCUCACACAGGUCUGUAUUACAUAUCAUACAUCAUCCCAUCUUAUCUCAUUUAUUCUGUUCAAUUUCAUUCAACUUUAUUAAUCUCUCUGGAGCAUGAGUCAUUGAGUCUGCAAGCCUCCUGAACAUUAAUAUGUGGAUAUUAAUGUGUUUGCAUGUGUCUGUAAAAGCCUUGUUACAUUCUAACUUACUGGUAUUAAUGAUGCUCCAUUCUGAUACUUACUAACACCAUCUUAGUGAUGUGAAGUCUGGUGAUUGUAUGUGUGGAGAAGGGAAACUGUAAGUGCAUGGAACUGAGGGAGGUCGGUGAUGUAUUCCCUUUCAGAGCCUGAGAGGACUGCUGCUGAUGGUUGGUUAUAAAUAAGUAUUUAUUUGGGCCCGAACCCAGACAACCAGACCCAGGGGAGAUAGGGUAGCAGCAGACUCACCAUUGCCCAGUCCAAGCUUUCUUGGCUGGGGUAACAGACUUCCAUAGGCUGCCCACACAUGUAGGAUAACAAAUACAGUAUUCACACACACACACAAACACACUAGUGCGAUGGAGGCACACACAAGGUCAACUAAAGUGUAGUCUAAUGUCAACAGUGUUCUGUGACGAUGGAGACCUCCUCUACAGCCAAACAGUCUGACCAGGAGGUUCCCAAGAAAGAGAGGACAGAUGGAGAGCCUGGUGAGAACAGGGAAGAAGAAAAGACACCACAGGUGGUGGAAAAUGGAACAGCCGGUGAAGGAAAGCAGUGGUUUCCUAACCUUAACAGUAAGGAAUGGUGACUGAUCUAGUGGAGAAAAAAAUAUGAACUAACACUCACUCCUACUAGCACAGACUUUGCUGAUGACUACUUUAUUGAGGAGAAAUGUACUAUGACUGUGAUAUGUGGUUGUCUCACCUAGCUAUCUUAAGAUGAAUGCACUAAAUGUAAGUUGCUCAGGGUCAGAGCGUCUGCCAAAUGACUAAAAUUAUUUUAGUUUUGGGAUCAGAAAACUGUAUUGAGAUCAAAUGUUUUAUCGGUGAGAAAAUUAGCAGAAUGUUUGCAAAAAUCCAUCUCACUGCAUCUUCUCCCACUGCCAGCCACUUGGCUUUCUCUCAUCACCAAAUUUGGUGGUGAGUGGAAAUGCCAACCGGAUGCUUCAGAUUUAUACAUCCUGUGAAACAUCUGUCUCAUUGUUCGAUCUGUGGUUGUGUGUAAUGGUCAGUCUUCUGUUGUGACCAUGUGUAGUAGUGAUUAUUAAAAUGUUGGCCGUCCAGUGUUGUGUAGAGUAACUGGUUGUAUUGUGGUCCUGUCCUCUACAGUGGUGUCUGACCGUAAGCAGAUGGCCGUGGAGGCGUUGGACAGACGGAACGUCUGGGAGCCCAGUGUUUACUACACCCUGGGAAAGGAGUCCUUCUUCAUCGCUGGUCAUGAAAUAUGCAUCCGAGAGUCUCUGGACUCCUACGGCGCCCUCAUCUGGCCGGGGGUGAGUUCUACAGAUGCUCACCGACAGUGGAAUAUGAUGAUAGAAACACAUUUUUACAAGGAAGAAUGUAAACGCAAUGCACUUAAUUCAUAUUGACUGAUCUGGAUUUACUAACAAUCAUUGUGUUGAUAGUUGAUCGUAGUCAUGAUGAUGAUUAUGAUAAUGCUGAUGAUGAUUGUGUGUGUGUGUAGGCGGUGGCUCUAAGUCAGUUCCUGGAGAAUAACCGGCAGCAGGUGAAUCUCCUGGAUAAAGCAGUUCUGGAGAUCGGGGCAGGGACAGGCUUACUGUCUAUUGUGGCGAGUCUACUGGGUGAGUCUGUCCAUCAGUCUCUUAGUCAGUCUGGCUAACUAUAUAUUGGCCACUGGCCAGUCUACUGGGUGAGUCUGUCAGUUGGUGACAUGGUUUGACAGACUGAUUAAUUUGACUGAUUGACUGUUUGUUCCCUUGUGUCCUGUUUUCCAGGAGCCUGGGUAACGGCCACCGACCUGCCCGAAAUCCUUCCCAACCUGACCUUUAACCUCUCUCGGAACACCAAGAGCCGCUGCCGCUACACGCCCCAAGUGACUGCCCUCACCUGGGGUCAAGACCUCGAGAGAGACUUCCCCUGCACUUCCUGUCUCUACGACUAUGUUCUGGCAGCCGAUGUGGUGUAUCACCACGACUACCUGGAGGAGCUGCUGGCGACCAUGCGCCACUUCUGCAGACCAGGAAGUGGCACCACGCUCCUGUGGGCCAAUAAGGUGAGGUUUCAGUCGGACAUGAGGUUCAAGGAGCGCUUUGAGAGUUGUUUUAAUACGACGCUGCUGACAGAGCUAAAGGAGGGGGACGUGCGGAUCUACAAGGCCACGGCACGGGAGUGAGAGAGAGGAAGAGACGAUAG